AGAGAAAGACUCGAAGGUGGUGUCUCGAUGCUUUCAUUGCAAUUUUCGCACUUGACCGCAGGGGUAAACGUGCUUUACGAUCCGCGGUAAGAUUACCAUCGACGCUGGAGGUGGAGAGGGAUACGCUACCCCCUCGAUCGCCCCGACACCAUUCCCGGAUGCGGGUUUCGCUGCUGGUGGUGGUGGAAUGGUGCUACGGUGGGGGUGAGACGAAAUGGUGGGGAGGCUUGCCGCCAACGAAUGGUCCAUGGUGGGGGGAAAGCGCGGGUUAGCAGCCGGGACACGCCAGGCGUAGAAUUCAGUAAGCGAACGGCUCUCAACGGCCACGAACGUGUUUUUCGUUCUUCGGUGCCCGCGAAUGCAUAUAUAUAUGUAUACAUAUACACACGUAAAGUAUAUACGUACCCGAGACGCUGUCAGAAAUUCGUAGUUUAACAGUUAACGACGAACAGACGCCGCGACACAUACCCGGUUGUUUCUCGAGAGUUCACUAGAUAAAAAAGCAACAGAUAAAAAAAAAAAAGACAACAAAAAAGUUCUUUGGUUUUUUCGAUUCUUUGGUUCUUCAUUUUCGUUUUCCCGCAACUGUGGCUUUAAUUAUUCAAACUGGAUUCCAACAAGCAGUACAUGUCGCGAUUACAUCGCGGCUACCGGAGGCUUAAGAAAUUAUUCAAGUGUGUGGCGAACCAGGCGCUUACCGUUUCGCCACAGCCGGCAGUAACGGUGGAGGGGCCGGUGUCCAAAAUGUCUCCACCAACGAACGAGGUGACCAAUGGUGUGGUCGCGCCAGCCAACACCCUGGCGCCCCGGGUUUCGUCGACCACGAACCCGGCACUUACCACCAUCAACCCGCCAACGCACAAACGGACUCCCAAGGACUUCAUCUUUGGCAAGGUGAUCGGCGAGGGAAGCUUCUCCACCGUUUAUCUCGCCAAGGACAUCCACACCAGCAAGGAGUACGCGAUCAAGGUGUGCGACAAACGUCACAUUAUCAAGGAGAAGAAGGCCGAGUACGUGAAGCGGGAGAAGGAGGUGCUGAACAUGCUCGCGGGCGCGAAACACUCGUUCGUGCGCCUGUUCUGCACGUUCCAGGACGUGGAAAGACUCUACUUCGUCCUAUCCUACGCGAAGAACGGUGAGCUCCUGCCCUACAUCAACAAGGUCGGCUCGUUCGACAUCGAGUGCACCAAGUUCUACUCGGCGGAGAUCCUUCGUGGUCUCGAGUACCUCCACGGUCUUGGGAUCAUUCAUCGCGAUCUCAAGCCGGAAAACAUAUUGCUGGACGAGAAUAUGCACGUGCUCAUCACCGACUUCGGUAGCGCGAAGAUCCUCAAGGAUCCGGAGACGGUGUUGACGCACACCGCUACGGACGACCCUCAGUUGCAGCAACAACAGCAGCAGCAGUACAGGAGAGAACGAAGAGGAUCGUUCGUCGGUACCGCCCAAUAUGUGUCGCCGGAACUCUUAACCGACAAAACGGCGAGCAGAGCCUCCGAUCUCUGGGCCCUCGGCUGCAUAGUCUACCAGAUGGUCGCUGGCCUACCGCCAUUCCGAUCCAGGAGCGAGUACAUGAUAUUCCAAAAGAUCUUGAAACUCGAGUACGAGAUACCCGACGGUUUCUGCGAACUGGCGAGAUCGCUAGUCAGCCAGCUACUGGUUCUCGAGCCGACGGAGAGGUUGGGCGCCCAAGACGAACACGGUGCCGGAUACCCCAGCAUCAGGGCGCAUCCCUUCUUCGAGGGCGUCGACUUCGAGACCCUCCACGAGCAGACGCCGCCGCCGAUCUAUCCCUACCUGCCUGGCACGUCGGAGAACGAGGAGCUCAGGUCCCAGUACAGGGUUCCCGAUCAUCUCGAACCAGGCCUCGACGACAAACAGCUGACCAGACUUCUCGGCUUGGGUCUCGGCGAAGACGACGACGACGACACCGACGAGGACCACCACGUGACCACCGAGCGCGUGAAACCCGCGCCGACCAGCACGGUGGUCGAGAAACAGCCGAGGAGAAGGACCGCGAACCCCGACGGCAACAUCACCGACCUGACGUCCGACGAGAACCGGCUGGAGAAGCAACAAGGUUCCAACCAGUGGAACGUCUUCGUCGAGGGCAACCUGAUACUCAAGCAGGGAUUCAUCAACAAGAGGAAAGGACUCUUCGCCAGGCGAAGGAUGCUCCUGCUCACCACCGGACCACACCUGUACUAUGUCGAUCCUGUCAACAUGGUGCUUAAGGGCGAGAUCCCCUGGAGCGCCGAACUCAGGGUCGAGCCAAAGAGCUUCAAAAUCUUCUUCGUCCACACGCCAACCAGAACCUAUUAUCUUGAAGAUCCCGAAGGAUUCGCAUUAGAGUGGUGUAAAGCCAUCGAGAACAUGCGAGUCCACCAUGGCCUGCAGGAGUCCACCACCGCUUAAACCCAAGACUGAACACGAUGAUCGUUUUAAAACGGAACAAGGAUGAAAAAAGGUUAUCAUCGGUAGACUGCGUAAAAUGUCCGCGAGGUGCACCGUGAAAUUGACGCGCUCGAUUGCCGGCCAGAGGAGGUGACUCUAUAAGAUUGUUCGUUAGGGUGUGAUGACUCGUCGUUAGGGAUGAUACGUUCUAGGAUAAGUUUAGCAUUCUUCUAGCUCGUUAUAAUGUACAGCUUAGGACAAAUUUUCUAGGUAAACAAAUUCAUGGCGCACUCUCUUCGAGGAACCGGUCGGAAACACAGAGAUAAAGUUUUGCAUCGGUUACGUUUACGGCUGUAUAUUUAUUAUCGACCUCGAGGAACCUCGAAGAGUGGCUGCGCGUCUUUACUAACACGCGAACACACGAGAAAUAGCGAAAACUCUUAGCCAAGGUUUUUAGCUGUGUAUCUACUCGCGUGCGCGCGCUGCUCGACUUGUAAACGCUCGUGUGAUCGAGGUCGGUUGGCCUGACCACCGCAACGUUGACUCGUCGCUAAAACAAAAAGGAAGACGGGGAGUUUGUUUAUCCGCGUAAAUAUUUUGUGCAGAAUUCGCGAAACGUAACAAAAAAUUCAAAAGAUCGAUCGACGCUUCGAAACUAUAGAAAAAAGGGUGGAAGGGUGGGGUUGUACAGUAAUUGACGAGGACCUCGAGGCGCGAACUGCCAGGCGCUUUUCGAUCAUUCGCAUUUCAAGCAGCGCGCAGCGAGACUUCGUUCGAAACAUAGCCAAAAUUACAUAGCAAAUUUGCAGACGAGUUUUUAGAUAGCAGCAGGCAUCGACGACGACGGUUUCGCGAUAAAUUAUAAUAUAGGAUCGUCGUCGAUCCCGCGUGAAUCUAGACGCGAAUUUGUAUAGUCAAAGUGAACCAAAAAAGAAAAAUGAAAAAAAAUGCAGUGGAGGACAACGUGUCGCUUUGCAGCUUUAAAAAACCGUUUAACGUCGCCUGAAAAAGAAGGGGUUCACCACGGAACGUUGCGCGUUGUUCCGUUCGGGAGCCCCUUUGCUCUCUUCACGUUCUUACAGUAUUCUUCUCUCGUUGUUCGUGUUGCCCUUUUCCCUCGAUACUUUGUAAAUAUUAGCGCGAUUUUUCACGAAGAGCAGGCUUCGUAAAGCGUCCACUAAUCGUCUAAAAUAGUGUUCGAUAGAUAGAUAGUUAAUUAGAUAGUUAAUUAUUUAGAUAUAGAUAGAUCUUCGUAAGUACAAAAAUAUCGUUGUCCAACCACGGUGUUUUUUCCGCUUUCGUUUUCUUCUUAGAUCGAAUAUUCUUCUUCGUCUCGCGCCUCCGUUCUGGCCCUCGCGGACUCGAAAUCGAACAACAUAUGUGUGUGUGCGUGUAUAGCCGGGAAUUAAAUGGACAAGCAAAUUUAGAUCAUAAUUCGAAGCGAAAGUUUCGUAGAAAUGGUAGUUUCUUCGUAGAAAAGAAGGAGAAACGUUCGUUGUACAAAAGUGGAAGCGGUGGAGCAUGGGAAGAGAACGCGAGGCUCUUUUCCCCCUGUGAAAGACUUGACACACUUGAACGUGACCCUAUGAAUUAAGUAGGUAGUCGAUAGAGAAUCGUUUAAAAAGAUUGCUUUAAGGUGUAGCAGUAUCCGCUUAGAUGCAAAAAAUUACACACACACACAUUCAACAUGUACACAAACGACACAUGCAUGACCAAGCACAGUCGUCGUCGCGUUCAAAACUGUUAUCAUUAUCAUUCUUACUAUUAAUCUUAAUUUUCCUAGUAUUUAGUAACGCCACUAUAGUUACAUGUCGUUCGCGUUAUCAUUAUCGAUUAUUCGUCGUAUUUACCGACACAAGUAUUUCCCCCUCUCGUAACUUGUCGACAUUAUUAUUUAAGCGAUUUCACGUUUCGUUCUUUUUGUUUUUCGUUUCGCCUCCGUCCCCAUUUUUUCGAUUCUUAGUAUUUCUUUUUUUUUUCGAUUUAUUACAUAACCGUAUUCUCGUCCGCGCAAUUAUUUAUUCUUGUUCGUUUUACGUUAGAAUCGAUUAACGGAUCUACGCACGCGUUUACGUAGGUGUUUAUAAACAUACACACAAACAGACUUAUUAGUACCACUACCGCUACCACCACUGCGAUUAUUAUUUACUAGUACUACUACUAUUACCACUAUUACUAUACGAUUAUUAUAUUAAUACCGUAGGCGCGAUCGUCGCGUACGUAUGCGUUCGACUACUAUAUUUACUAUUAUCAUCGUUGUACGUAACGCUCCUAGGUACACUGUAAAUAAUACUGCCGCGUUCGUCGUUCGCACGCAUCGAGACGCUAUUCGACGUGAAUGCGCGUCCGCGCGAUCCAGUCGUUGCCGAAAACUGUACGAUAUUGCCUGUAUAUUAUCUAUACAUAAAUAUUCUAUAUAUUAUGUAAAAAGUAUAUAUAUACAUAUAUAUACAAAACAUAUAUGCGUACACAGAUAUACAAAGUAUUUAUGAAUUGUGCAUAGUAGUUAGGGAAAUCGUGUAUAAAGAACAGUACGUUAGGUUUAGGUCAAGAGACGCGCGUGUAGAUUUAAUAUUUCGUUGACGUUACCCACGGCAAACGACUCGAUCGCGUACGCGAUUCACCGUGACGCAUUGUACUGUAUAUACAAACUAUAUAUACAUAUGUAUACACAUAUGUACGAUUAAGGUCCCUCGAGCCAGCACCUUCUCCUCGCGACACUUAGAAGACUUAAACAGGGUAUUCGGAGGAAUGAUCCAUGGACGGAGAGACGGUCGAUCGUCGUGAUCAAGAUGCCGCCCGAGUAUGCUCGAAAUAAUGGUGAUUCGUUCGCGGAUCGGCAUUGUCCUUGCGCCCAGUGGCUUCCCGAAAUGACCGCUUUUGGCGCGCCACGUACGGUGCUUGCGGGCGAAAGGGAGGCACGUGGUCUCGGCGAGCUUCCGUCUCCUCCACGUUUCUUUCUUCCACAACUAUAGUGAGAAUCGAUCGCGAGGAGGAAUUCCUACAGUUGUUACCCCUUUGUACCUCCUUCCCCACCCUCCCUCGCAUUUUCCGUUUCCACGGUCACGAGGGAUAGCGUCUCGAUGGCGUGCGUGUUUCGAUUUCCAUCGGUGCUCAAGGGGUGCCCAUGGCAAACUCAAGCAGCGAGAAGUACGCUCGCGUCUAAAACCAAUGCUGGCACUACAUUUGUAUCCAGCUUCCAUUCGGGUCAACCUGCGUCACUCGAUUUAUCAACUCUGCCUUGUACCAGACGUUGGUAAAUCCAUUUCUCUUAAUCUUAAAUUAACUGAUUUCAUCUUCAAACAGUCUAUGACAAUAUCAUAAUAUUUUGAAUACCUAGGCGAUUUUGUGCAAAUAACUCAAUUAUCUUAUCAAUCAAUUUACGACUUCUGUAAAUCACAUAGGGUCCUUUCUCAAUGUUCAAAUUUUCAACAAUGUUUUUUGAAUGACACAAUUCAUAAUAUCACGAUAUAUUCGCUAAUCUAUCAAUAAUGUCAGACUCUGGGUGAAGAGAAGAGUUAGUUUAAUAAAUUCAUGUUAAUGGUACAAGGGUCGCCAGAAUACCGAAUUUCGGGCAACCACGCUGCAUCGGCUACCGUUAAAACAAAAUACAAUCUGCAAUGCAUUGCAGUACCAUGCGAAGUAUGUAUAGGAAGGUUGAGGUGCCCUAUUACGAUUCUAUUACACGAUGUUGAUAUUAUUUUCUGUUGAGCGUGAGCUUUGCCCGAGCAUCCGUUGAGCCACAACUGGGAAUCGAGUUUUAGGUAAAAGUAAAAGCGACGCGAUCUUUCCGUCGAAACGAAGCGCGCGUCAAAAGAGUUUGUUAAAGAUCCGAGGUGUCCAGUCGGUUGUUUGGUAGAGACAUGGACGCCUCGAUCGUUCACGGCCAAGUCCGAUUAAAAAGUUCCUCGCUCCCUUUGACGUGUUUGCCUCCGUUCGUUGCUUCGUUUCGCGUUGGGGGAUCGCGUCUCCGUCGUUUCAUCGACCCUCGAGGCGUUCGACACGGGUCGGUGACACGGCAUCCCCGCGCGACGUUUCCAACCGUUGGUAAACUUUGCAGGUUCUACGUUUUAUGCAGGCGUUGCAAACUUUUUUGAUGGAAACGCGUGCUUUCCUGAGCGUCGGCUCCUUCUCCCGACCCGAGGGGGCGGGUAGUCGCUUUUAUUGUAUUUAAAAUAGUUUUCCCUCGUUAUUUUGGAGACCGGUCCACGGAUUCCUGGCCCCUCAUGGAGAGGCCGGCGCUCCACCUCCUUUUGUACCAUAGUUCCACUUACUCUUAGCCGAGAAAAACUUAAAAAUCUCUAGCCGUAUUUGUUGAGACGAUACACGAUCGACGCGAUCGGAGGCGAAACGCGAUUAGCUAAAUGUAAUUUAUACUACGUGAGAGUAGAACGAAUACUUAAAACAAGCGGGAUCCACGGAUGUAACAAAAAUGAAACAAAAAUCGUUCGGAUUCACUGACGCAAACUACGUAAGCAAUAACAGCCAUGGCCUUGCGACUAUUCGAAUGGCUACCGUUUCGGCGUAAGAAGGACGGUUCAACUAUUAAUUGCAGUAUUACUAAAUGUACACAGACUAAACUACACUUACACAUUGACACCAUCUACACAACGCGUCACUUAUACACAUUAAAUACUUCACAUCGGAUAAGAAGACUCUGUAAAUAGUUAGCAUGUAAUUGAUAUUAUAUAGGCGACAAGACCUAUUAAUAUUAACAUCAAAUUUAUUUAUAGUAAAUUUUCCGAAAUACCGUA